AUGUCUAAUCCCAUUGAACAAGGAAAGAAGCUGGCUGCUUACCAGGCCGUCGAUGAAUACAUUACUGCAGACCAUAAGGUGGUUGGUAUUGGAUCUGGAUCUACUGUCGUCUAUGUUGUAGAGCGUAUCUUGCAAAAGCCAGAGCUCAAGCACAUUGUCUAUGUCCCAACAUCCUUUCAAUCCAAAUUGCUCAUUUUGGAAGGCGGUCUCACAUUAGGCAGUGUUGAACAAUAUCCUGAAAUCGAUGUUACUAUCGAUGGUGCUGAUGAGGUGGAUGAGGAUUUGAACGCUAUCAAAGGUGGUGGAGCUUGUCAAUUCCAAGAGAAAUUGGUUGCUGAAGCUGCCAAAAAGUUUGUCAUUGUUGCCGAUUUCAGAAAGAAGAGCAAGAAGCUUGGUACAGAAUGGGUCAAGGGUGUUCCUAUUGAAGUUGUGCCCAUGACAUACAAAUCUGUCAUGAAAUCUAUUGACACCAAACUCUCAUUGAAGCCUAUUUCUUCUAAGCUUCGUAUGGCUGUGAACAAGGCUGGCCCUGUUGUCACUGAUAAUGGUAACUUUGUCAUUGAUACACAUUUUGGUGCUCUUGAGGAUCCAGCUCAAUUAUUGAGAGAGCUGAAAUUACUGACUGGUGUUUAUGAAGUUGGUUUGUUCUGUAACAUGGCAGAGAAGGCAUACUUUGGUGAGGAAGACGGCUCUGUCAAGAUCUGGACCAAGUAA